UCUCCAUCGCCACGCCUCCACAAGGGCACUGCUCCCCACGUCUCCUCCCUCUGUCCGGCCGGCUUCACAGCUCGAGGCGAAGCCCUGCCAGCAGAGUGGAUCAUCAGUCAGCCUGAGCGAGGGGAAGACGGAAAACGUCAUUCACUCCAGCUGAUCCUCUGAACUGCGAACUGGAUAGUGGUCGCGUCUGGACGCGCAAUUACGCUCGGGAACAAGAGAGUUAGAAGUUUCACCGUUCAAGUUCCAAAAUUAGGAUCAUUAAUACUGGUGUAUUUUGCAGCAUUAAGGAGCAUCCACCCAUCCAUGGGAAUUCUCCAGAGAGAGAUGAGCAGCGCGGAACCAGUGGACAUGAUCUCCGCGUAAAAUAUCUCUAUCCGCGUCAAAAUUCUUCCUUUAAAAACAAAAUGCAGAUCUUCCUGUACACAGCUGUGUUGUUCUAUCUCAAGGAGUCUGCCAGCGCUGAGCCCAAAGCCACAUGUCCAACACGGUGCGAUGUGAGUACCUGUCCGAGUCCCAGCUGCCCCAGCGGUUACGUGCCGGACCGCUGCAACUGCUGCCUGGUGUGCGCCCAGGGGGAAGGAGAGCCGUGCGGCCGCAAGGACGACCUGCCGUGUGGGGACGGACUGGAGUGCCAUCACCCGGCGGGCAAGCGGCUCUCUAAGGGGCUCUGUCAGUGCAAGUUCAGCCACGAAGUUUGUGGCAGCGAUGGAAAGACCUACAGUAAUGUGUGCCACCUGAAGGCGACCAGUAGGAAGGCUCUGCAACAGGGACUGCCUGGCAUCACCCAGACCCAGAAAGGACCGUGUGAGACCAGUAUAGGUCCUUCACAUGCUGCCAGUCCUCGUUACAAGUUCAACUUCAUAGCUGAUGUAGUGGAGAAAAUUGCCCCUGCUGUGGUCCACAUCGAGCUCUUCCUCAGGCAUCCUCUCUUUGGCCGGAACAUCCCACUGUCUAGUGGAUCUGGGUUUGUAAUGUCAGAGAAUGGACUGAUUGUUACCAACGCCCAUGUAGUCUCAAGCAGCUCUCCAGUGUCCGGCCAACAGCACCUCAAGGUCCAGAUGCAUAAUGGUGAUGUAUAUGAAGCCAGCAUCAAAGACAUAGACAAAAAAUCUGACAUUGCUACCAUCAAAAUCAACCCCCAGACAAUGCUGCCUAUAUUGUUUCUGGGCCACAGCGCAGACCUGAGGCCAGGGGAGUUCGUGGUUGCGAUUGGCAGCCCCUUUGCCCUCCAGAACACUGUCACCACUGGCAUUGUCAGCACCGCCCAGAGAGAUGGCAAGGAACUGGGCCUCAGGGACUCUGACAUGGACUACAUCCAGACGGAUGCUAUUAUCAAUUAUGGGAAUUCAGGAGGACCUCUUGUCAAUUUGGAUGGGGAGGUGAUCGGCAUCAACACACUGAAGGUUGCAGCAGGAAUCUCAUUUGCCAUCCCAUCCGACAGGAUCAUUCGGUUCCUUAAUGAUUCCCUUGAUAAGCAUAAUAAAGAUGUGAGGUCAAUAAAGAAGCGUUUCAUUGGAAUAAGGAUGUUGACCAUCACACCAGCGUUAACUGAAGAGCUAAAACAGCAGAACCCGGAUUUCCCUAAUGUUACUAGUGGGAUUUAUGUCCAUGAGGUCGUUCCUCACUCACCUGCACAAAAAGGCGGUAUCAAAGACGGUGACAUUAUUGUGAAACUGAACGGCAGACCUCUGAUGACAACAGCUGACCUGCAGGGGGCACUGCAGGAGGAGACAGCCCUGCUACUGGAAGUCAGGAGGGACAACGAUGACCUGCUCUUUAACAUUGAACCUGACGUUAUCAUGCAGUAGACACUGCAAGCACAGCACUCCUGCAGAGCUAGACCAACAUCUAAGGCCCUAUUUUUGUGAAAAGACAUGUUGGAUGGUAGAAACUCUGUACCAGUGAAGUGAAGUGGUAUUUAUGUCAAGCACACACAUCUUCUGAUACUCUGCAACUGCCAGUUAACUUGACUCUACCAAAAUAAAAGGAGGUCAGUAAGGAUGACAUGGCACAAUACAGUUUUGGCAUUAAGGAUUUCCAAUUGUACCUCCCUCAGAGGUACAUCAGGUCAACGUCGGAGCACCUCACAGAAUCACUGGAUUCAGAUGUUACCUAACAGUUUUGUCUGUCAUUCUGUCAUUUCUAUUUACAUGCAGCCCAAAAAUAAUCAAGCAACAAUGGUUGUUGGGCAGCAUUUUAUGGUGCUUAUCACAAAAUUUAUAAGAUAAAAGCAAAGUUGAUGAAUGUACUGUAGAGUUGAUAAAUGAAAACUGAACAAAAUUCAAUCUAAAAAUCAAAGGUGGUUAUCAUAUACAGAUAAUUAAUUUGGUCAACAUUGUUCAAUUCACAGUAUCCAUCCAUCGACUCGGGAAAAGAGCGAGUCCACAGGACAUGACCAGGACAGAAUCCACAUUGCUCCUCCAUCAACUAUACUUUGUAACCUGGGGUCAGCAUGUCAAACCCCCAGCCAUCGUCUGGCACUGAUUUGAUAACCUGACCUUCUGAGCGAGAGAGAUUCAACAGAGGUCCCCAGCUGGUGUCAAACCAAAGACAUUACAUGGUCGGGGUGCUCACCCCUCAACUCUCAUGUCCCUACAUCAUUCCUUCCAGGUGAGCAGACCAGGAUUCAUGGCUGUGGGCCCAGCCACCAGGCACUCACUGGGUAGAACUUAAUGCAAACUUAUCAGUUCUGUCACCUCCAUCGACUCUGCUUUUAUCACUUGCCGUUUUAGUUCCCUCAUAAAAUAUAGAUGAUUGAACAUAGAUGACGAUAUAGAUGAUGAUCGGUCAUUAAAAAAAAACGUUCAUAGACUCUAUGAAAGCCUUCCCUUUGUGUUGAUUAAAUCCUUUAUCCUUUUUAAAUCCUAAGUUAUCAUAAGGCAGUGUGUGUAUCUGUGUUCAGGCUGCAGCCUCUCAUUUUUUAAGGUCCACUGAAAAAUGUGAUUACAUAAUUUCUCACUUUUCAGCUAGGGGUAUAUGACUAAAACUUUUACAGCCAGUUACAUGCAGUGUUGUUGUUGAGUUGACACACUUACUGUCCUCUCUAUUAUGAGCAUCUCAGGCCACAAAAUACCAAAGAGCCACUCUUUCUAUGUACUCUUUGUACAUUGUCUCUUGUGCAGUGGACUACACUUUUCACCAUUUAUCAUGAAAAUAGGGUUUUAUUUUUGUUGAUUUUGGCUUUCAAUCAAGUAUCAGACCAUCAAUGCCAUCUGCUGCUGAUAUGAUGGACAUUCCUUCUUGACCACAACUAGUGCUG